UCAAUUUAUAUCCUCUAAUAUUGCCAACCCUACUGAAUCGGUGGUCCAGAUUAAGACAGCCAGACCUCCCGGGUACCUGUCCUGGCGCAAACAACCCCCCUACAGCGAUAUUCCUCUAUCCGAGCGCCUCCCACCGAGCCCUCCAUAUUAUCCACCCGCCAAAAUUUCCUCUUCUCUUUCUUUCUUUUUCCUUUUCUCCAUAAUGUCAUCGGCAUUCAUAUUAGAGUCUCGGAACAGGAUUAUCUCUUCAAUGCUUGUUCAGGUCCCAUGAGGACCUCCUGCGUGCUCAAUGAUCGCCUAGAAAAUAUUUGCCAGGCGCUCUUCGCUAACUCGUUGCCUCGAAUUCAAUCCUGGUGGACACGGCAUAUGUUGAGCGGUACACAUCUACACCCACGAUGGUACUUUUUGUCUUAUCAUCUAUAAACCUCUUGCUGUCAUGACGACGACGACGACAUAUUGAGCUGCUUCAUUUUCAGUCGCAGCAAGUCUGGUUUCGGACAACUCGGCGAUGUCGCUGCGUCGCCAUGCUUUUCGUAAAACGCAGCACAGCACUCGUAGAGAGCCUUGAUGGCCCCUUGGCACCGAGCCUCGUUGUAAUUGUUGCGCGUAAGACAAUCUGCACAAGUGUUAAAAAUCAUGUCUUUUACAGAUAGACAUCAAUUGUAUCAUCCAAUCUCACCUUGAAUUGCGCACUGCAGAAACAUCAUCACACGUUAGCAAACAACCAUCACGACGGUUUGGAGGACACUCAUCAAACGUACCGCGCGUGGGUGGCAGGGCGGUGUAGCGUUUACAUCGUCUUUGGGAGAAGGCUAGUGAAUGCUGUAAUCAGUAUAAUGCAUCUCGAUUGUCUCUUUGUUUUCGCGCAUCAUCGCCUUACCAUUCUUCUGGUUGUUUGGUUGCUUGUAGUGGCGUUGCCCAGUUCAUUCACCAGGCGCUGAAAAACACACUGUGUCCGCCCACCCGCCCAUUCACGCCACCCGUUACAGCGCCUCUCUCUGCCUGGCAGCGGCCCACGAAUCAGGAGCCCGCCUCCCCACCUAAAAAAGGCCGCCACUCCAACUUCCAUCGUCUUCUUCAAUCCCAUCACCACCUCUCUUUGCGCUGACCAACUUAACCCACUCACCAGCACAUAUAACCUCGCUGCUUUUGCACUCUACACUCUUCAAAACCACACAUCUUCCCCUACAAUGGCUGAUAACGGAGACCACCAGGGCGGCGACGCCCCCACCGAGCACCUCAACAUCAAGGUCACCGACAACAACAACGAGGUCUUCUUCAAGAUCAAGCGCUCCACCAAGCUCGAGAAGCUCAUGACGGCCUUUUGCGAGCGCCAGGGCAAGUCCAUCACCUCGGUCCGCUUCCUGUUUGACGGCACGCGCGUCCAGCCCACCGACACUCCCGACACGCUCGACAUGGCCGACGGCGACUCCCUAGAAGUCCACCAGGAGCAGGUCGGCGGUGCUUUCUAAGCUAAGCCGUAGACGAACGAAACAUUAUUCACGACGGACGGCGUUUGGCUAGGAUAUUUGGGAUCCUUUUAUUUGAAGUGACAGAGGCACACACACUGUCCAGGGGAGAAACAUGGUUGAUACCAUCUGGUCCAUCCAUUCCUUUUUUUGAUUUCCGG